AAAUACAAAUAUUUGUCAAUAGAAAAUAAUUGAAUCUCUUUCUCCGGAAUCAUACCUUACGAGAACGCCUAGGCUAUGCGGUUAAAAGUUGGAGUAAACAAAACGCUGCUUGACAGUUCAAAAAGUAUCAAAAAUACUUUUAUUAUGCGAACACAAUAGAACUUCCUAAAUUUACUCUCAUAAUAAAUAUUUGCAUUAGAGUACUAAUUUAACUUGAUUAAAUACGUUUGGCUUAAAUGCAGUCACGUUUCGUCGUAUUUUUCUAUAAUAAUACAUUGUUUUGAUUUCAUGGCGGUCAUAAGCUGUCACUCGACGCGCUACCUUACCUGCUUUGAAAGUUAUAAAAUUUCGCGGGGAAAAAAGGCUUUGUAAAGAAGAUUGCACCACAAGUACAGAAAAUAGCAGACAAAUCACAUGAAUAUCCCGAACCAACCAAUUUGCCGGAUGAAUAUUCUUUAACCGCCUCUGAUAUCAGUGCACAUGUCACAAAACCUCACUUCUUAAGAAACCAAAGUCUGCCAACGUUUGGCCAACUUGCUUUUCCAAAAUAUGUGGCCAACAACCCAACUUUAAUGCCCAACAUUGUAUGGGCACCACUCCAAUUGCCAACGUUUUGUCCAGAAAACAAGAAACCGAUGUCGGAUAAAGACACUCAGACGGAAAUAGAAUUAUCCGUACAAACUUGUAAUGUACCACUUUGUAAACGGUUCAAAAAUUAUGAAAAACCAAUACUUUGUUUCGAUAAAAGAAACAAAAUUCUUAAUAAACCGAAGAAAUUUGAAACGUCUACACCUAAGAGCAGUUUUGAAAAACAUGAGAGCCAAAAUAGUGUGGGAAAAUCAAAAUCUUUUAUUAAGGAAUCCAUUUUGAAAUUCGAUUCUAAGUUGCCAGAGUUAAAUCAAGGCAUUCAGUUUGAAAGUACAUCAGAGGUGGAAAGAAAAAGUGGAAAAAAUAUGAAAAAUCUAACAGACUUGAGGUUGCGCCUGCUAGCAAACAAAAGAAAAUCUAUGGAUGCUUCUCUUGAAACUAUUGAAAGUAAGAAACUUAAGAGCAGUGAAUUUAUGACUUCUCCUAAGAAAAAAGUCACUUUCGAUUUUGGCUUAGAAACUGGUGAAGGCUUGGUACUAAGUGAUAUUAGCUCACAGGACGAUUUUCAACCAUCAUCAUCGUCUAUUGGACCAAAAAGUCCAAUUUUAAAUCAAACUUUUACUAAAGAACCAGACAUUCCUAAAGUGGCAACAUCGUCAUUAGCAAAAGAUUUGGGGUUGCCAGUGAGAAAAAAUAAUUGGUAUAUUGUCGCUGACACAGAUAUCUUGCUUUUGGAUUAUGAGUUAAUCGAUAAUCUUGUUUUGUCAGAUCCAAAAUGCAAGUUAAUAAUACCUCACGCGGUUCGAGUGGACAUAGAAUCUCUUUGCAUAGGCGAUUGCCAUGGACAACAACGGGUGAUUCAAGCUAGGCAAAUUGCUAGAAAGCUGGCAACACCACCGCCACAUUAUACAGUUGAACCACCGCCCAUAGACAAGAAGGAUGAAAUCAUAGUGACUACUGAUUGUAUUCUAAAUUGUUGCCUACAUGCGAAGAACCAAAAUUAUUAUGUGGUUUUAAUAUCAAACGACCCACAUUUGCAAGUGAGAGCCAAUUCUCUAAACAUACCCUCUUACAAAAUAAACGACAUUAAAAAUGGCGCUGACAUCAAACCGGAUGUGACGUCACAGGCCAAAAAUAUUAACUCUCAAACCAAAGCAAAAUUAGGAUUAUUUCCUAACUUAAGUUCUGUAGAUACAGUUAAAAAACUGAGUUUCAACGAUAAUAGUGAUGAUAAGUUAAUUAAUAUAACAAAACCGAAAUUUUUCCAAAAUGACGAUUCCGAUAGUGACAGCUUUACAUCUGACAUUAGUAGGGAAGUCCAAAAUUUAAAUAUUAUCGAUAAAAAUGUUAUGAAACCACAAAGUGCUUAUCGAAACCCGUUUCUACUGCAAAAUGUGAAAGAAGCAUUUAAUUUUCGAAAUACAUCUAACAUUUUUGACAGUUACAUAUUUGAUAAGACAAGUCAAAAUUCAAAAAAGCAAUUUGAUUUCGAAAAGACGGUGCCAAAAUCGAAUCAGUGCGAAAAAUAUCUAAACACUGAAAAUCAAUUUUUUUGUAAACCCAUUUCUACUUCGGAUCAGUUUAUGUUCAAUAAUAAAAAUUCCAAUACUAAUUUCGAUAAUCCUGGGUCAUCUUUAAAUAUCAGUGCUACAAAUACUCGAAAAAAAAAUCCUUCUCAAUCACGUAUAGAUAAAAUAUUUGAGAACAUCAAAUUGAACACAGAAACAAAUAAUCCGACGAAAGAAUUCGAUAACAGUGGUAUUUUCAAAGUACCUCAGCCGUUACAAUUUAAAAUUAGAAGGAACACGUCUGCUCCCGUCGAGAGUUCGAGUUCAAAUGACAAAAUUCGAACUACCAUAGACAAAGAUUCUAUAGAAGAGAGUGUUAAGAAGUUUUGUGUAAAGAGUUCGGCUAUGAGAGAGAAGAUUAGCACAAGGAUAGAGGAAUGGAUUUGUUGUUUUAUGCAAAUAAUGGAGGAUGUAUUAAGUAAUCUGUUAUUGAAAAGCAGUGUUUGUAUGGAAGACACGCUGGCACCAUUGAACUUACACGAUAUAUUGAAUUAUGUAAAAAUGUCCUAUGAUUGUCAGUCAAAAGCGACGGUUAUAGACAAACUAUCAGAAAUGCUGGAUAAAUGUAAUGCUUGUAAAGGGAAAUUUAAGGCUUUUAUCAGUCCUGAAUUCUUCAUGAAAAUGUUUCGAUAUGGCGUUAUGCUUAUUUCAACUCUGAAGGUCAUUUUACCGAAUUCUGAAGAAUUAAAUGAUGCUGAAUUAAGCCUGAAUGAUCUACUGAGUGAUAUUGAAAGUAACGCCAAUGAGAUUGAUCUGGAAUCAUUAAGAACACCUUCCGUGAGCAGGGCGGAUACGGAUGAUAGAGUAAAAGUCGUUUUCACCAAAGAAAAGUCUUAUGUAUUAGACUAUUUGAAAAAACAUUUCAAAGAAUGGGCUUCAUAUAAAGAGGAAUGUAUUGAGAAAGUUCCAAAUACGGAGGAGAUAAAUCGUCCCGACCUUCAAGUAGUAAGAACAUCAGGUAAAAAUCUAAAUUUAGUGAAAAUCAUCAGUAACAAAGCUAUCUGUCUUCAAAAUCCCACCGAAAGUGAUGCAGCCAAUGACAAAAAUAAAUCAGAAGUUAUUAGACUUAUAGCCAACAAACAACUCAAUGAAUCUUAUAGUAACUUAGCAAUUACUGAACCAAAAUUGAUGGAACUCUGUGAAGAUAACAGCGGAAAUAUUUCGAAAAUCAAUGAUGAAAAUAAUUUGCAUUCCAAAGAUACAAAAGAAAUUGAAAAAAAUUACACCACGCCAACAAAAUCUGUAUGUAUAGAAAAUACUGAUUUAUCAAAUCCUGCUACUGAAAUAGAUGGACCGAAAAUGAUAAGAAACACGACAGUAAUAGAUGAGUACGAGAAGAAAGUGCAAAAUAGAGAGCCUCUGGAUAUGGACUUACUGGAUUACUCAGAAAUUUACGAACCAUCCGUCGCCGAAAAUCCAGAAUUUGACAUUAUAGAAGAAAAACAAAUAAAUAAUAAUAAUCAUUUUGAAAAUUAUAACAACAUAUUUACAGAAAACGUACCAUUGGAGACUAUUUUUCAGACUGAAGACAACCUUGAUAAUAUUUUUAAUACAAAUGAUGACAGAAAAACAGAAAAUAAUGUUGAACAUACAUUACCCACAAAGUCGGGAAACGAACAUACAUCAGAAACUGGCAACACUAUACAAAAUAUUGACGAAAAAACUACCAAUGAGAAAUCUACUGAUAAAAAUUUGUCGAACAACGACUGUUGUGUCGAAAAUCCCGAAAUUGGGACCGCCAGUAACGACUGUUGUGUCGAAAAUCCAGAAACUGGGACCGCCAGCAACGACUGUUGUGUCCAUAAUCCCGAAACUGGGACCGCUAAUAACGACUUUUGUGUCGAUAACCCCGAAAUUGGGACCACCAGUUUCGAAAAAUCCGACCAAGUUUCGGCUGUAAGUCCCAACGAUUCUGGUAUUGAGAACGAUAGCACUUAUGCUUAUUCUGCUAUCGCAUUAUGUUUGAACAAAGUAAGCGGUACUCUGAUAGAGCUUUACAAAUUCAUUACAUCGUUCGUUGAUGAAGUUUUUUCGAGAAGAAUAAACGAUACAAGGAAGAAUGUUCUCCACAAUCACGCUAGCAAAUUAUUUGAAAUGAUAAUUAUUGUCAUACAGAAAUUGAGAAAUAUUAAAAAAAGGGAGUCGGAACCAGAUACGAUAUUAAAAAAAUUGAUACUUCGAGCAGGAGUUGAAGCUACCACAGAUAAGAGAAUUACAAGAUACAGUAGUCUUGUGAAAAAAUUACUAGAACAGGCGCUUACGUUCAGAAAAGCUCUGAAAACUAUAGUUAAGGUCACACUAGGCGACUAUGAGGCGAUGUCAUCGGGUGCUGAAACGAUAAAUUCCAGUAUUCGAUACUUAAAUAUAUUCGAAUAAGUACCAAAAACUUAAUCGUAAACUGAAAAUUAUUACUAGUUUACAAAUAUAUUUUUUUGCAAAGGUUAUAUGUAUAAUUUCUUGUAGAAUGCUUGAUACGUAAUCGAAGUCCAGGGGCCCGAUUCUCCUAAGUUAAUAAUGUCAAAAUUGAAUCGCAAUAGCAGUUUUAACCUUAGCGGGCAUUCUGCUACUAAUAUAAGACCAAUCGUAUUCCAACGACAUUCGAUUUUUUUGCCAUUUGGUCUAUACGGUAGUUUGCUCUACAAUCAUAUUGCAAUCGUAAAUAAUUUGCAGACAAUACGAUUCAUAAUUUAUUAAAUCACAGAAACGGAUAAAAACGUUUAUUUAUAAGAAAAAAUAGCGGAAUGCCACAUACGCUUCAAUCGUAAUUGAGUCGUGAUUGGAUCUCAGUCGGAUGUGAAUCGUAUGUCGCUUAAGUAAAGUUAAGAGAAUCGGGAUCUGGACUUCGAUUACGUAUCAAAUAUACUACAAGAAAUUAUAUAUUUCACCUUUGCAACAAAUAUGCUGUAGACCAGUGUUAUCGUUAAAGUUUAAUGGUAAAUACAGUAUAUUAUACAUAUGUAUAUUAAAUAGUAUUGUAUAACAAUAUAAAAGCCAGUUUCUUCAUCAAAAGUUAAAGUCAAAUUAAAAGUGAAAGUAAUGUCUAAAGUAAAAGUAACGGUCAAAUUCAAUUUUUCUAUUAGUUUUGCUGUCACUUUAGCCUUGAAAAAACGUAUUUGACCGUUACUUUUACUUUAGACAUUACUUUAACUUUAACUUUUGAUGAAGAAACUGGCCGUAAGUGGACAUUCUUAAAGGUAUCUUUUGAAUGCUAGCCUCCUUUAUUCUGUGAUUAAAAGAGUAUCUUUAGUUUUAAGUUUAAUAUUAAAAAUGAGGAUUGCAUAUAAAUGCAUAGUUGCUUGUGAUAAAAUUCCACACAUUUUGGAAUAUAUUCGAUACCAAGGUUAAAAAGGUUUGUGUGUAAAAAAGUCAAUAUCUAUAUCGUUAACAUUUCUUUAAAUACAAUUUAUUUCAUGUUUAGAAUCCUACCAAAGUUUAUAAUUUACCUAGAAAAACUAAAAUACGGACUUCGUUAUUUUCCGGUGGCAUACAUACAUAUAAUUAUUAUUACUUAUUUAUAUAGUUUCUUAUUCCAAAAUCGUGGAACUACAUUUUGGACUGUCAAAGACAUAAUUAGAUUUAGAACGGACUGAGAAAUAAUCUCUUAGGUAUAGGGGUACCGAAUGUUAUGUGCAGUUGGCUAUCAGUUUUCAAGGAAAAAUAUAGUUGUAUGUACUGAAAGAAACUGUUAAAGGGCUUAUUACACUUGACUAAUGGACGCACUCGGAGACAUUUAAUGAUUACUUAAGCCAUUUCUUAGUGAAGGAUUUCUUUGACAAUCCGUCACUAAGGAGUGACUUUAGCCUAAUUAGGUUUCUAAAUAAUUUAGUGAAACGUACCAUCCUAAAUGCGAUUACAUUUGUCUGAAUUUAGUGACUGAAUCAUUUAGACGACUGAAUUUAGUCAAGUGAAAUAAGCCCUUUAUUAAAAAAAAAAAACUAUCGAGGUACCUGUAAAAAUAAUUAAUAAAAAUAGACGACAUAAGCUUCAGAUUCAAAAUUGACGUAUAUUGUACUUGUGAAAUUGAUCAAAUUCUUAGGGUUAGCACGUGUCUUAAAUUUUCAGAUAUUUUCAGUGUUUUAGUGACCUUUUGUGACUUUUAGGCGUUUUGUGAUUGUGUCCUUCUGUUUGUAACCAGCGGUGUAUUAUUACGUCCCAAUUAUAUAAUUGAAUAAUCAUUGUAAACAUUAAAUUUGUUUAGCAACAAGAAUGUUGCUGGAAACAAGUCAAAGUCAAAUUCAGGCUCCUAUGAAACGUCACAUUAGUUGCACGGUUCCAAAAAGUUGGUCGUUCCAAGAACGUCUAUGAUUAUUUACUCCAGUAUUGUCAACAACAAGCCAGGAACGUUUUGUUUACAUAAAAAGGAGCUUUACAUUGCAUUGUGCCGUCUUACUAACACCUUAACAGUCAGUUGCACAAAGCUCCCUUAAAGUUAAAGCUUCUUUAAAUCUAUUGCUGACACCUUUUAUCUUGUUGACAUAGAAAGAGUCAGCAAUAGAUUUAAUAAGCUUUAACUUUAAUGGAUAUUGUGCAACUGACGGUAAGUUUAUUAUUACACAAGAUUGACUUGAUAGCAACAUCAUUUUAAUUUUAUUUUUUGUUAAUCAUAAAUACUAUUUGCUUGCAAUCCCACUUGUCAUCGACCUGGAUUGCCAUAAAUAAAAAUAGAAAAAAUAUAUUGUAGAAUAUCAACGUCCGCCUAGCCUAUUCCAACUACAUUAGAAUCGACUUCCAGUCUAACUGGAUGCAGCUGAGCACCAGUGUGCCACAAGGAGCGACUGCCUAUCUGACCUCCUCAACCCAGUUACCCGGGCAACCCGAUACCCUUUGUUAAGACUGGUCUGAUUAAGUCAUUGUAAUAAGUUAAAUAUUACAGGGUAGUAUAAAGCAUUUACUAAGUAUUUUUGGUAAAUAGAAGGUACUUAAGUAUUUUUCUGAUUGUGAUUCUAAAAUAAAACAUUUUUGUCUUAAUUGCUUUCAUAUAAAAAGAACCAACUGUAUUAAGCUGCUUUUAACGUAAGUUUUCCUCUCGUAAGUAACUUACGAUAAAUUAAAAAUGUAAAGUCGCGUACGUAAUUAAUGGAAGCCACUUACGGCCAGUUUCUUCAUCAAAAGUAAAAGUAAUGUCUAAAGUAAAAGUAACGGUCAAAUUCGUUUUUUCAAGGCUAAAGUGACAAAACUAAUAGAAAAAUUGAAUUUGACCGUUACUUUUACUUUAGACAUUACUUUAACUUUUACUUUGGCUUUAACUUUUGAUGAAGAAACUGGCUGUUAAUAUUACAAAAUUGUGUAAUUGAAGAAAUCUAGAAUAAGUUUUCUAUCUUUUGUUAUUUUUUUUAAGUUUUAGUAGUUUGUAAGCAGUUGAUUUAUU